UUCAGCAUGGCGGACGAAGGAAAAAUAGAUUCGGAAAGUGAAGAAGACAUCAUGGAUUGUGUCGAUGUCGGGGACCCCGAUAGUGGGGAAGAUGAUGAAAUGGGGAGUGGGGAUGAUAGGGAAGAAGAUGCCACAGCUAAAGUAUUUCUCCCCGGUGCUCCCGAUGCGAAAAUGUGUGAAGAUGAAGAGCUUGUGUGUGAUGAGUCAGCAUACGUCAUGUAUCAUCAAGCACAAACAGGUGCACCAUGUAUGUCCUUUGACAUCCUCCCUGACACUUUGGGGGACAAGAGAGAAGACUUUCCAAUGACAUGUUACAUGGUCGCUGGCACCUUAGCUGAGAGAUCCCAUACAAAUAAAGUGAUAGUAAUGAAGAUGUCAAAUCUUUCUAAGACAACUCCAGCAGAAAAGGAGGGUGAAGAUUCUGAAUCAGAUGAGAGUGAUAGUGAGGAUGACCAACCAGAGCUGGAGACGGCAAUGUUGAAUCAUAAUGGUGGAGUCAAUAGAAUAAGGGCCACCAUGAUGGGGGACAAAAUGAUUGCAGCAACCUGGUCUGAAACUGGGAAAGUAUAUUUAUGGGAUUUGACACGACCGUUCACUGCAGUCAAUGAUUCAGCUGUGAUGUCCGCAUACACCAGAAACCGUGAAUCGCCAUCAUCUAUUUACUCAUUCGCUGGCCAUCAGGUUGAAGGGUUUGCUCUGGAUUGGUCAAAAACAAAUCCAGGGCGAUUGCUAACUGGAGACUGUAAUAAGAACAUCCACCUUUGGGACCCAAAGCAAGAUAUGACAUGGCAUGUUGAUCAGAGGCCCUUCAUAGGACAUACAUCAUCUGUAGAGGACCUCCAAUGGUCUCCGAAUGAACAGAGUGUUUUUGCAUCAUGUUCUGUUGACAAGUCGAUACGUGUCUGGGAUUGUCGAGCUGCGCCUCACAAAGCCUGUAUGCUAACAGCAGCAGAUGCUCAUUUACGAGAUGUGAAUGUGAUCAACUGGAAUAAGACUGAACCUUUUAUUGUAUCGGGUGGAGACGAUGGUGCUAUCAAGGUGUGGGAUCUGAGACAAAUUCAGCAUGGGAAACCAGUAGCAACAUUCAAACAUCACACCGCACCUAUAACAUCCGUGGAAUGGAAUCCAAAUGAUGCAUCUGUGUUUGCAGCUGCUGGUUCAGAUAAUCAAGUGACUCUGUGGGACUUGGCUAUAGAACGUGAUCAGGACACUGGCGGAAGCGAAACUGAGCCAGAUGUGCCACCACAGUUAUUGUUCAUUCACCAAGGACAGAAAGACAUUAAGGAAAUUCAUUGGCAUUCACAGUUACCUGGUGUUCUAAUUACAACUGCUUUGACUGGAUUUAAUGUCUUUCGGACUAUAAGUGUGUAAAUGAUGAGGAGUGUUUUAUCUGUGCUUUGACAUUGACUAAUAGCAUCAGGAUGUUUGUAUCUUUUUCCCCAAGUAAAUAAUGAGGCACCGGCUGCAUGUGUACUUUUAGUCUCUUUUCACCCUUGAUUACUUUGUAGUCUUUAUGAUAAUAGUUCAGGAAUUCAAUUGAUCAGUGCAAGUGGACUGAGAUAUCACAUCCAAAGAAAUUUGGAAAGAAAUAAAAGUUCAUUCUGAAUAA